GUGUUUCUGUCAGAAUGCAUGUUAUUACGUCGUUUUUUUUGUUUGUUUGUUUGUUUGUUUUUUUUUGUUUUUUAAAUAUAAAUCCCGAAUAAUGAAAUUAUAAUCAAAUCUCCGUUUCCCGGAAGUAAGAACGGGGAAAUAAUCAUUUUAUUUGUUGUUUUUUUUUUUAAUUAAUCGAAUUAUAGUGUAUGAAAACUUUUACGUAUGAAAAUAUAAAACCCUGCAAAGAUAACAUUAUUCUUUUUUAAAUUAAAAAAUAUAAUAAUAUAAUUAUAGGACAAUUUGAUAUUACACUAUCGCGCCCAAUCAUAAACGGACUUCCGCAAAAAUGUCGCUGUUACCAUAGUAACGUCUUGUCGCCUCCACCAAGGCCUUUACAGAAGCGCUGUUUAUUAUUUUUUAAAUUAUUUUUUUCUUUAUUUAUUGUUUUUCACAAUUCAUUUAAAAAAUACACAUAAGUAAUUUUAUAUACCGUACCAUCGUUAUUAAGAAGCGUUACUACUACUACAAUAAAAUAAACAUUGCUGUUGCCAAGGAAACGCACCUACAACAAAGGCCCUCGUGUCAGCAGUGCAGCAGCUGUCUGUAGCCACCGUCCAUGAAGGCUCCAGUACACCAAGACAAAUUGCUCGUACAUGUAAACCCACGGUAACAUGGCGAUAAAGGUGAUUCUGAUUCUGAUAUUUCGCCGCUGUAAAGAUUUAACGGCUCUUGGAUGUGAUUUUCAGGAUAAAAUGUACCAAACUGAGGAACAUCGACAGGAUCACGGUGCUCCGUGUCGGAACCUUGGGAACCCUGUGUUCUCCUGCAUGCUGAAGACAUCAGCCGACGCGGAGCUUCUGUACAGGACCACGUCCGGCGAGUACGGAUCUCGAGCCCCGACCUACGAGUCGUCCCCGUGUGUGUAUCACCCGCUGUCUCAGGCUUUCUCCAAGCACCUGGGUGCGUGUGGGAUGUCCCGGGACACCUCGUUCAACACCAGCCUGGACCGCAGCAGGGUGUGUGACUGCCCCAAUUUACACAACACCAUCUGAGAUACCAUCAGUACCCAAUCAGUACCGCUCUGUGUGGGUGGAUGAGAUGAUGAGACGACAGAUCUUCAGAACCAGCCUUUUUAGGCACACACUUUUUAGGUGUCCGUCUUGUACGAGCUGCGACAGUAUAAUGUUAUGAAUUUGCAGUGCGUCCUUUUGGCCUCGUAAUAAAAAUGAAAUGCAUUUAAAGAGGAA